CGUUCUUCUCGGUAUAUAUGACUACUGAAAAGAAAGACAUAAAUAAGGACACAGCUCCCUUAGACCCCAUAGAUAAACGCAUUUAUAUUGGUGGUUUACACCCUGCCACUACUGAAGAGCAGAUCCAGGAGCGUUUUAGUAAAUUUGGCACAGUGUCCAAUGUUUUGAUAGCUAAAAAUACAAGCAAUGAAUGUCGAGGAUUUGCCCAUAUGACUAUCCAUACCACACCCAAGAAAUGGGAAUCAUGUUUAUCUGUUUACAAUGGUGCUAAAUGGAAAGGUUUAGAGCUGAAAUUAGAAGAAGCAAAAAUGGAUUGGCAAGAACGUAAACGACUAAGAGAAGAAAAAAUACUUGAACAAGAAGAAAAGAAAAAGAAACGUUUGCAGAGAUGGAAUGACAGUGAUGGUUUCUUUGCUAAGGAUAUGAGUCUGGUCACAGACAAUAAUAUGGGAACACGAAAAGGAUGGAAGCGAGGACGAUAUGGUAGAGCCAUUGCUAUAAUGCGUUUAAAAAAGGAAGAUGGCACAAAGUUUGUGUUUGAUCCUUCUCACUAUAAGAAUAACUUGACAAAGCUGUAUAAUAUUGGUGUGCGAAUGAAACCAAUCAACAAGUUGAUUACUAGCAUUGAUUCAGACGAAAGCUCAGAUGAAGAAGAUUGGCCAUCUAUAUCAAACGUACAUAACGAGAAAGAAGAGGAAGACGAGGAUGUAGAAAUGACAAGCAUUGACGAUCAAAAGAGAAGAGCAGCUAUGGAAAAGAUGUUUGAAGACCAACAAGCAAAGAAAGAAAUGAUUAGUAAAUCACUUGCUGCUUCUCAAGAUGAAAAUAGACAAAAUCACAUUACAUUCAGUGGUGAUGAACAAGAGGAAGAAGUGGAUGAAGCAUUUCAAACGGAUACAGAACAACCUAAAGAUGCAAAGAAAUGGAUGUUUGAUUCAGAUGAUGACGAUGAAUCUGAUGAAGAAUUUGAUAUCAAAAUCAAUCCUGUACUUGAAGGCGAAGAAGGUCGUAAGCGACUUGAACUUCAAAAGACCUUUAAGGGCGAUGAACGUUUCAAGCUCGGAGAAGACUUUAUAGAUGAAGAAAAGAAGCCCAAGAAGAAUGUGGGUGAUGAUAUCUCACAGGAACUAAGUGCUGAAAAGGGACAAGCAAUGGACGUAUUACGUGCCAUGUUUGGUGAAGAUAAGGUGGAUACAAAACCACCAGCAACUAGAACGCAGACAUGGUCUAAUGCUGCUCGUUUCGAUCCUGAAGCCGAAGAUGCUUCAAAAUACCUUAUAGAAAGAACUCAAGAAGAAGAAAAGGAAGACAAUGAUAAUGAAGAAGAGAACGAAGAAGAGAACGAAGAAGAGAACGAAGAAGAGGAGGAAGACGAUGACGAUGAUGAUGAUGACUUCUUUGCUCAACUGAAAAAGACUGAAACUGCAAUGCCCGAAGUUUCUACAGAAAAGCAUUUUGAAGUCAAUGCUAAUUUGAAGCCUUUGUUUGGCGAUGCAAGUGAAGCACCAUUUACGUUGUUUGGUGGAGAUGAUAAUGAUGAUAACAAUCAACCAACACCACUCUUCAGCAAACAAGCUGACCAAGAUACCUCUUCUUCUCUCACAUUCAAGCCAAAGAAAGCAGACAGUCGCCUUGGUCUAGGUGUCAUGUUCUUUUUCCAUUUUGAUGACCCUUCUCUCUCAAAAAAAAGUUGUUAUGCUUAUGAUGCAGAUGGUGUAUUCCAACAAAAAGCAGAAGAAAAAGAUGCUUAUGAAUCCAAAUGGAGAACACAACGUCCUGUUAUUAAGGAAAUCCUCAAGAAAAGACAAAAGAAUGCAGUUAAAAAUCAAAAGAAGCGUACUACACGCGAUCUUAAAUAACAUUUGUAAAUAAUA